AUGCUCUCUGAGGUUUCUGGAGAACAACCAGUUGAGACUCCAGCAGAAAAGCCAGCUGAGGCUCCAGCAGAAAAGCCAGCCGAAGCUCCAUCAACUGUAGAACAGCCAACUGAAGCUUCAGAGGAAAAGCCAAUUGAAGCUCCAGAAGAGCACCUAGCUGAAGCUUCAAUUGUGGAUGUAGCUGGACAACCGGCUGUGGCUUCAACAGAAAACCCAACCGAGGCUCCAGCAGAACAACAAGCAGACGUUCCAGUAGACCAACCGUCUGAAGUUCCAGCAGAACAACCGUCUGAAGUUCCAGCAGAACAGCCUGCUGAAGUUCCAGCAGAACAGCCUGCUGAAGUUCCAGCUGAACAGUCUGCUGAAGUUCCAGCAGAACAGCCUGCUGAAGUUCCAGCAGAACAGCCUGCUGAAGUUCCAGCAGAACAGCCUGCUGAAGUUCCAGCUGAACAGUCUGCUGAAGUUCCAGCAGAACAGCCUGCUGAAGUUCCAGCAGAACAGCCUGCUGAAGUUUCAGCAGAACAGCCUGCUGAAGUUCCAGCAGAACAGCCUGCUGAAGUUCCAGCAGAACAACCUGCU